AGGGAUCUCAGCCCUGGCCGGCCCUGAGCAAAGUUUGUGAAACCCGAUUGGACGCCAUUUUCCGGCUUCUUUGCGUACGUGCAGUCUGCACAGUCGAACGAUUUUGUUGGCUUUAACUUUCCAAGUCCAGAGAGACAAUACACAGCUGAACAACAAACAUGGCCGUCCCAGCAACAUAUGCAGACCUUGGCAAGUCAGCUAGAGAUAUCUUCGGAAAGGGCUACGGGUUUGGAUUUGUCAAGUUGGAUGCAAAAACAACAACUCAAAAGGGUGUGGACUUCAAUGUUGUUGGGUCAUCAAAUAACGACACCGGCAAAGUCGAUGGCAGCCUGGAGACGAAAUACAGCUGGAAGGACUAUGGUCUGUCUUUCAAGGAGAAGUGGACCACGGACAACAUGCUGUCCACAGAGGUCACCAUCGAGAACCAGAUUGCGCAGGGCUUGAAGGUGACGUUCGACACCAGCUUCUCCCCCCAGACAGGGAAGAAGACGGGCCGAAUCAAGACCGGCUACAAGAGAGAUUACGUCAACCUGAACGCCGACGUCGAUUUUGACUUCGCUGGACCAACGGUCCACGGUGCAGCUGUCAUCGGCUAUGAGGGUUGGUUGGCCGGCUACCAGAUGUCGUUCGACACCUCCAAGUCCAAGCUGACGAAGAGCAAUUUUGCGCUCGGCUACAAGACUGGCGAUUUCCAGCUUCAUACCGCCAUCAACGAAGGCACAGACUUCAGCGGGGCCAUCUACCAGAAGAUCAACGACAAACUAGAGAGCGCCAUCAACGUCGGCUGGACGUCGGGCACGAACGCGACACGCUUCGCCGUGGGUGCUAAGUACGCGCUGGACGAGGACUCGUCCCUCCGGGCCAAGGUCAGCAACACGAGUCAAGUCGGAAUCGGCUUCACCCACACUCUAAGACCAGGUGUCAAGGUCACUCUCUCCACCCUCAUCGACGGCAAGAGUUUGAACCAAGGGGGACACAAGCUGGGUCUGGGCCUCGAACUGGAGGCUUAACUACAGAGUUUGUUUAGAGUAAGGGACGGCCCAACUUGGAACGGCCCAACUUGGGAUGGCCCGGUUUUUAGGAGUGAGUGAAGCGCAUUUAUCUCGUUUGAAAUUUGUGGUAUUAAAGAAAAAAAAAUCCUGCAGUGGAACAAAUCCAGAAAGAGUGCUUCGGAUAAUCGCUGGUCCAAAAGCGAGUGGUCGUUGAAGCGUUUCUGGUUAACAAUUUUGUUGGUGUGCAAGAUUUAAAUCAUUCCCCAAAACGUACGGUAGCAGCCCCUGAAUCGGGCAGGUAAAAACUAUGGGCUCCGUGUGCAAGUACCCCCUCAACGGUAAGAAAGGGAGAGUUGAGCGAGACCACCGGGAGAGACAUUUGAACACCUUACGCUCACGUGAAGACGCACGUUCGUAAUAAAAUUAGCUGCGCGUACUUUGCUACACGUGCGGGAGCCAGUACGCGCACAUGGUGUGCCCAAUAUGGGCUCUCCAAAAUUGUAAAAAGCGCCCUCUAUGUUCCCGCACGGAGCCUAUAGUGUCAUUACCCGAAACACGGUCUCAGAAUCCACCCUUUUGUAGCGUAAUACCAAAGCUUUUGUCUUAGAUGUACUUGUACAUGAAGCCUAUGCAACUAAUUUGAAAGUGCAAGUUUGAUGUCAUGGUUUAAAAGUAAAAGGAAAAAAAAAAAAAAACCACAAGGAAUGAUUCCCAAAAUGUCCCCUGUAUACCACACUUUUUAUCUCUUUGUGCUUCAAAUAUUUUUGUUUUGCUUUUGUUGUUAAUUCCCUAUACACUGCUCAGAAUAGAUGUUUUAAACACGUGAGUAACUAACAGACACUUCUAGAAGUAUAAAGCUUGUCAGCAAUUUUUCACUAGGGUGACACUUAAGCUCAUGACCCCUAAGGUGUUUUUCAAAGAAACCUAAAUCAGCUGAAGUCCAGUGUUAUAUGUAGACGAUGUGCCAGGAAGCUGGCCUGAAAUGGUAGUGCGUCCAUCUGGAUCAAGGGAAAAUUACUUUUAACCUGAAUAAAUCUUGUUGGCUGUUAACCCUAAUGAUCCCACACCCUUCAAAAUCCACCAGAAUUUUUUUAUAGGAUUUUGUAGGAUUGAGGAAUGCAGACCCAGCCAUAAUAACUGGAUCUCGAUGACCCUUUGAAAUUACACGCACAAAGAGGGUUCCAUUCAUUUCUGUGCAGUUAGGUUUUCUAGGGGAAAAAAUGCUUUGGACUUGCGGUUAAUUAUUAAAAACUAAUUGUGUUUUGCAUAGGACAUGCCAUGCUCAUGUCCCCCGGGUCAUGUAGACGCACUGUGAGAAAUUCUGUCUCAAGUCACGCUUUCUAGCGAUAAUUCUUAGAAGGUGGGUCAACGUACAAAAUGCCCUGCAAUUUUAAGUACUUUGAUUUACAACUGGGGCAAAGUUAUGACUCAGUUUGCUUAGGUUAGUGCAACACAGUUAGCGAUCUAUAUGUAGAGGUGCUCUAACAACCAGCAGAGCCAGCUGUGGCAUAUUUUGAAUAGACACUUUUUCACGUCUAGCAUUGAUGUCGAUUUGUUUGGUUACAUUUUACGUAAAAGGGGAUUGAAUGGCCGUGAUGACAAGAUUUUUUUUCAACCAGAAGUACACUUUCGCAUUCGGUAUAAAUUGUGACGCUAUGGCAAGAAAGAUUCUUCUGUUGUGAUGCUCGGUGCGAACAUUGCAUUACAUGUAAAAUCCACUGUACUGCCCUCUGAUAAAAAGCGGUAAUGUCCUAUGAUAAAAAAAAUCGAUAAUGUAACUACAUUUAGUGAACAAGGGUUAAUAUUUGAGCUUUUUUCCUUAUUAAUAUUUACCCCAGUGAUUGUAGAUAUGUGGAUAUAGUUUGCCUGAAAAAAAAAUUGUUUCUGUAUUUCUCAUUUAGCAGUUAUUGAUAACCAUAGUAACAUACACUUCCUUUGUUUAGAGACUCCCAUGUAAAACAUCUGUUGGUUUGGGGUAAAUUUGGUUACUAAAAGAUUUUAUUGAAAUGAUGAAUUCAUGAUAAUUGCUGUCGAACCGUGUGUACAUCCUAUAAUAUUGACAUUUGAACAUAAAGGUAUUGUGGUAAUAAAAAUCGGACAAAGUGUUGAGCGAUGUUAAA